CAAGUUACAAAUACCACACAAAGUAGCGGGAAACUCCUCAUUUUAAUUUCCAGAAACCAACCAACCCAAGUUCCUUACUUUUCGUUUUCUGUGUGAUUUUCAUUCUUCAAAGGUUUGAAUUUGCAGACGUUGCUGCUUGUUCUAAAAGUGAAAGAGUGAUGGAUUUGGAUUUCCACGGCAUGAAAAGAAAGAGACUACAGGCUUUGUGCAAGAAACAUGGCAUCCCUGCAAAUUUGAAGAACAAGGAAAUGGCAGACAGACUCUCCUCCAUUUUCAAGGGAAAGGAAGUAGAAGAUCCUGUAGGUUCUGGUAAUGUUGGAACAAAGAAAGGCACCCCUCGUUGUGUUGGUGGCAAAGACAUAAAUGCGGAAAUGGUUGAUUUGGUGACUCCUGGCCCGGGUUUAGAGGAAAGGAGUGUUGUUUCUGCCAAGAAUUUGAAAGGUUUGGAGAUUGAAAGGUUGGAGUUUGAAAUGAAUUCCUCCCCGGAAAUAACAAGGGGAGAUUCUGGAAUUUGUGGGGUUGAGGAAGACAUGAAAAGUGGACUCAAUGAGGAACAAGUUGUUAACAGUCAGGGAAAUUUGCAUUCAGAACCACUUGUAGUUGCUUUAGAGGAACUUAACAGCCCUUUGGUGGAGGAAGAAGUUGAGAAAUUGGGUGACAAAAAUAAUCUUCUUGAAGGUGUUUGUGAAAAUGGAAAGGGAAGAGAUGAAGCUGUAGAACAAGGCGACCACAAUAGCCCUCAAGGGUCAAACAUGAAGGAUGUGAAUGUUUUACAUGUUUCUCAAGCGGAAUCUCUUUACCCUAUGGUGGAAGAAGAUGAAGCUGCUGAACAAGGUAGCCUCAGUAGCCCUCAAGCAUCAAAAAUGAAAGAUGUGAAUGUUUAUGUUUCUCAAGAGGAAUCUGGUUACCUUAUGGUGGAAGAAUAUGAAGCUGCAAAACAAGGUGACCACAGUAGCCCUCAAGGAUCAAACAUGAAAGAUAUGAAUGUUUUACAUGUUUCUCAUGAGGAAUCUGUUUACCCUCUGGUGGAAGAUGAUGAAGCUGUGGAACAAGGCAACCAGAAUAGCCCUCAAGCAUCAAACAUAAAAGAUGUGAACGUUUUACUGGUUUCUCAAGAGGAAUCUUGUUACACUGUGGUGGAAGAUGAUGAAGCUGAAGAACAAGGUAGCCUCAAAAGCCCCCAAACAUCAAACAUGAAAGAUGUAAAUGUUUUACAUGUUUCUCAAGAGGAACCUGGUUACUCUGUGGUGGAAGAAGAUGAAGCCGCAGAACAAGGCAACCACAAUAGUCCUCAAGGAUCAAACAUGAAAGAUAUAAAUGUUUUACGUGUUACUCAUGAGGAAUUUGUUUACCCUAUGGUGGAAGGUGAUGGCAACCACAAUAGCCCUCAAGCAUCAAACAUGAAAGAUGGGAAUGUUUUACAUGUUUCUCCACAGGAAGCUGGUUACCCUAUGGUGGAAGAAGAAGAAGCUUUAGAACAAGGAAACCGCAGUAGCCCUCAAGGAUCAGGCAUGAAAGAUGAGAAUGUUUUACAUGUUACUCAAGAGGAAUCUCUUUACCCUAUGGUGGAAGAAGAUGAAGCUGCUGAACAAGGUAGCCUCAGUAGCCCUCAAGCAUCAAAAAUGAAAGAUGUGAAUGUUUUACAUGUUUCUCAAGAGGAAUCUGGUUACCCUAUGAUGGAAGAAUAUGAAGCAGCAAAACAAGGUGACCACAGUAGCCCUCAAGGAUCAAACAUGAAAGAUAUGAAUGUUUUACAUGUUUCUCAUGAGGAAUCUGUUUACCCUAUGGUGGAAGAUGAUGAAGCUGUGGAACAAGGCAACCAGAAUAGCCCUCAAGCAUCAAACAUGAAAGAUCUGAAUGUUUUACUGGUUUCUCAAGAGGAAUCUGGUUACUCUGUGGUGGAAGAAAAUGAAGCUGCAGAACAAGGCGACCAAAAUAGCCCUCAAGGAUCAAACAUGAUAGAUAUGAAUGUUUUACGUGCUACUCAUGAGGAAUUUGAUUACCCUAUGGUGGAAGGUGAUGAAGCUUCUGAACUAGGCAACCACAAUAGCCCUCAAGCAUCAAACAUGAAAGACGCGAAUGCUUUACAUGUUUCUCCAGAGGAAUCUGGUUGCCAUACGGUGAAAGAAGAAGCUGUUGGACAGGGCGACCACAGUAACCCUCAAGCAUCAAACAUGAAAGAUGUGAAUGUUUUACAUGUUUCUCAAGAGGAAUCUGGUUACCCUAUGGUGGAAGAAGAUGAAGUUGCGGAACAAGACAACCAGGAUAGCACUCAAGCAUCGAACAUGAAAGAUGUGAAUGUUUUACAUGUUUCUCCAGAAGAAUCUGGUUACCCUAUGGUGGAAGAAGUUCAGAAAUCCGAAGACAAUAUUUAUAAUGGCAGUGUCUACAAUUUCCAAAACAGUGGAUCUGAAGUUGCUGAUGGGAAGACCACUUUAACUGCUGAUGGAAAGACCAAUUUAACUGCUGAACAUUUUGUAGAUGAUGUUCCUUCUAGUUUAAAUAAAUAUUUGGUUGGAACACCAGAUCUAUUUCAGAGAACUUAUCCAGAGAAUGAAGUCAAGUCUAGUGGUCUUAAUAUUCAUCAAGAUACUUGUGAAGAGGAGUUAAAAAUACCACAAAAGACAGGUCUCAUUGCAGAUCCAGGGGAAUGCAUUGGAUUUUCUCCCAAUCACCUUGAAGCUUCAGCGGUUAAAAGCUUUCAGGCUGAAACUUAUUUUCUUCCGAGUGCACUUGAAGAUGUUGAGGGAACUUGUAACAUGAAAGAAAGAACGGAAAGUGUCAAGAUGGAGCAAGUUGAUGACAGUCAGCAAGUUAAGCAUUCAGCAUCUAGUGUAAUGUUAUUGAGCAAUGAGGAUCUUGUACAGGUUGCUUCAGUGGAAGUUGGAGAUAAUUUGUUGGAGGAAGAAGUUGAGAAGUCAGGUCUGCUUGCUGAUUCAGAGGAAUGCAUUGGAUAUAUGCCCAAUAACCUUGAGCCUUCAGCAACUAAAGGGUUUCAGGCUGAAACAUAUUUUGAUUCAAGUACACUUGGAGAUGUAGUGGAAACUUGCAACAUAGAAGAAAGCAUAGAAAGUGACCAGAUGGAGAAAGAAUACAGUCAGGAAGUUUUGAAUAUGGCAAAUGAAUUGCAGAGAUCUAUGGAGGAGAGUGAUCCAAUGGAAGGAGAAGUUACAAGGUUGUUUGACAACUCUGAUGAUCAUGAUGAUGCUGGUGGAACUGAAGCAGAAGACAAAAGUCAACACCAUAUAAAGACCGACAUGGAUAGCAUUGAGAAAUAUUUGCUGAAUGAUUUCCAGUCUAUUGAUGAUGCUGAUGGACAAAAUUCAGAUGAGAAACCAGAUGAGUAUGCUCCAACUGUGCCCCAAUCUGUUGAAAUGAACUCAUGCACUUUUAGCCUUCAACAAAUUUCUGCCCCAGACACUGUUUCUGGAGAUGAAGGUACUUUCCAAGAGAAGUUGGAAACACCCACAAAGUGUACACCAAUUCUAAGUUCAGAGGACAACGCCAUUUUUUAUCCUAAUGUUGAAUCAUCCAUGAAGUUGAUUGUAAAGAGUGUGCCCGUGAAACGUGCAAGGGAUGUACUUGGGGCUAGUGACAUGAAAGAAAACAUUAAAAUUGCAAAGAAGGAGCAAGCUGGCACGAUCAUAUCAAGGAGUGCAUUUCCUAAGAGGAAGCCUCUACAAGAUCUUCGACAGAAUUGAACUGCACAGCCCGUGAAGUUUUGGGUUCUGUCUGCAGUUUAGUGAAUAAUACUGUUUUAGUUUGUUGGUUACAUAUUUAACUCAAUGACCAAAAUGCUCUACGGUAUCUAUUAUGAGAGAAGACAAUGCUACUUUAUGAUAAUUGUUGUGUCAAGUGUUUUCUGUUAUGCUUGAAUAACUUUUCUCUGCAUAAACAUUGUGUUUCCUGUAGCCCUUUAUCAUACAUUGGAUUGAAAUUGUUACAUGGCACAAGUUGAAACAUGUCAUAUUGAAAUAUACAUGACUAUUUGACAUGUAUUGCAGAUUAGGAAUGACAUGAUCUUUCUUUUAAAAAAA